AGGUGAGCUGUCUCUUUGGCUUAUGACGUCAGCGGGUCUCCGGUGACCAAUGAGUGGAGGUGGCCCCUCCUCUGUGUGUCUUAUGGUGAGGCAGAGAGGAGUAGAGGCAGCACUUAGUAGGUGAGCAGUGCACGCUGCCAUGGUCUGAGUGUGUCCGUCCUGCUCUACAUCUAAGGAGGCUUCAUGACUCUUCCCUGCUGCUGCCAUCAUGUUUGCUAGUCCAGUGACUUCUACUCCAUUCUCUGUCAAAGACAUCCUGAACCUGGAGCACCACACUGGUCUGGCAGCCAUGGACAUCUCCCCUAGGAUGGACUCCUCUUCCUGCAUGUUGUCCAGCUUCAAACAGGAGUCAUACCCGGGUACCCCAUGUCUGUCCGAGCUCAGUGAUGACCUGACUCAGAGGGACACCUCCAAGGGUUCCUCUCCUUUCCCAGGAUCCUUCUACGUCAAAAACUACAUGGAGAUGGAUUCCUCCAAGGAGCACAAGGAGGACAAAAAAGAACUCUGCUCCUUGCAGAAAACCAUGGAAAGUGACAAGAGAGACAUGGAGGACCCAGACCGACCAAGGCAGAGAAAAAGAAGGAAGCCCAGGGUCCUCUUCUCUCAGGCCCAAGUCUAUGAACUUGAGAGAAGGUUCAAACAGCAGAAGUACCUAUCUGCUCCAGAGAGAGACCAUUUAGCUAAUGUUUUAAAGCUCACAUCCACCCAGGUGAAAAUCUGGUUCCAGAACAGAAGAUACAAAUGUAAAAGACAAAGACAAGACCAGACUCUUGAAAUGGUGGGCCUACCACCUCCAAGAAGGAUAGCUGUCCCAGUUUUGGUGAGAGAUGGCAAGCCUUGCUUAGGAGAUUCAUCUCCAUACAACUCACCGUACAAUGUCAGCAUUAACCCUUACAGUUAUAACACUUAUCCCUCCUACUCCAACUAUAGCAACCCAGCCUGUAACGGCAGCUACAAUUGCAGCUAUACGUCAAUGCCAAGCAUGCAACCCACCUCAGCCAGCAAUAAUUUUAUGAAUUUCAGUGUGGGGGACUUGAACACAGUGCAGACGCCGAUUCAACAGGCAAACAGUGUCAGUGCACUUCAUGGCAUUCGAGCCUGGUAGAACUUCAUUAAAAGGAUUCAACAAAGCACUAAGCAUGAUGGCAAGGACAUCAUAGACUGGAAAGAAGCAGAAGAAAAAAACUCUGAUGAUCUUCUCCUGCUGAUGUGACUUUUGGCCCAUGGUGUGUGAUUGUGCAUGGUUUGCUAAAGGAUGAUGUGGUAUACAGGACAAGACCAGCCAACAGAAGAUUCACACCUUAUUAAGGAGAGUUCCUUUUUUUCAAUGUUUUGAGUUCACUUCUUGUGUCACCAAGCUAUUUUCAGAUUAUACUUGUGUGCCCUUUAAUUAAAGUGAAUCUGUCAUGUGUGUGGCAAGAUCACAGUGCUAUAGAUGAUGAGGCUGAGAUGAUGUAGAAAUCAUUUUUACUUUUCUUAUUUUCCUGUUGCCUUAGCUGAAUAACCAGCAGUGGAAAAACAACAGGGGCACCUUUUGUUUCGGCAAUAUUUGUAACAAGCAAUAUAUCAGCUGAACAUGGCACUGAACCACUAGACACAGCUCUGCACCUGGAUGCUGCUGAACAUAAUUUAGCAUGACCUGGGUGAAAUUAUAACAUUGCAAGAGUAAUCCAGAUACUGGCAGACUUUGCUAAAUAUGUUCCUUUGUCUGAUUGCUGCAUGUGUUCCUCUUUAGGUGACAGGUUCGCUUUAAGCUCAUAAAGUCAGGGGGUUGCACCAGUCUCUUUCUCUCCUUGCCAAGUUGGCUAAUUUUUGACUACUACUGGGCAAAUGUUUAAAGUGUACCAAUAAAAAAAACUCCUGGGAGCUGUGCCUAGUAACUCAUGUUAUUUUAAAGCCCCUUAGCAAAACAUAUUUUGUAUUUAAGAAGCCAUAACAUAAGAACGACUGAAUGGGAUUAUAGGAAAUGGAAAAUGAUUUUUGCUUCUCACUCUACUUACAAUAAAUUGACUGCAAUACCUGAGCCACUCAGUACUGUGUUCAUAACUUGGGAGCCAAUAAGUAUGCCUGAUUGAAGACUGGACAGCGGGUCUGUUAGUCUUUGGCUGUUGGCGUCACUCACUUUGUGGUCUCAGGGGAUAAACUUAGUAGGUACUACAAAAUUCCCCAUAAUAGGCUACCAAGAUAUAUACAUAGACAUUGGUUAUUUACUACAGGAGUACAUUUUGUGAGCCAAUUAUUUGACUAGAGGAUUUGGAAAAUUGCAAUUACGUUUGCAUAUAAAUAGAUUAAUUUAAUUUCAGCUUAAAAUGUUACUCCUUUAGUAAAAAAAA